UGGCGCGCGGUCGGAGGUGGUUUAUACCAGGCGUAGGCCAACUCGUACCUGCUUUGCCGCGCUGACGGCAGUGCGGGCCAGAGUCCAACCCACGGCACACGCGACCACAACUAACUUACCGACUACCACAAGUGACAGUGCAACAUGCAAGUGAUUACGACUAUCGUCCUAGUCUCAACCCUCGCCUGCGCGCGGGCAGUCAUACGAACCCCUUUAGAAGCUUUCAGACCUUCGGGAGAAAUUCACAUAAGACGCCCAGAUAAACUGCCUUUGCUCCAGCAUAGACGGACCCCGUUGCCGCCUAAAAGUGGACUCAAGAUUCUGUACCAGACCGGGGGAUCGGAAGAGGAUUUGCCAGAUUGUAGGGCGCGCCAGGUCUGCAGUAAAGUUGACCUUUACGACAGCACGCAGCCCUGGAUCGAGAGGAGAUGUCGCUGUUUAGGACACCGGCCUUGUUCUAGUGACUUAUCUGCCGAUGACAACCACACGCUGUCCGACAAGACUACCCUCUACAAGACAUGUGAGCCUGUGAAACGCUUGCCCAAGUGUCGCUACUUCAAGGACGCGGCAUGGACCAUCUUUUCGUUCCCCGACACCAAUGCCACACAGCAGAUAGUCAACUGUCAUUGCCCUAAGAAUUCAGUCACGUAUUUGUUGAAGAAACUACCUCACACGACACCUAGCGGCGAACAGGGGAACCAAUACCAGUUUGCCUGCUCACCACAGAGCAGACUACGCUGUUCAAGGAAAGAACCAUGCAAGUUGUUCAGCGUUAGAAGACGUCACGAACAGAUCGACGAAGUCAACGCCAGUACUAUCUGCCAAUGCCCAAGAGACCAUACUUGUCCGAGGCAUCACACCGAACCGGGGGUGUUAGCCGGGGUCACAUACGCUGCAGAAGACAUUCGUACAUAUCACGGAUACUGCAUGCCCGAACCGCCACCCGACACAUACAGGUUUGUAGGCGAUAAAGACUGAAUAUUUAACACAGGAGGAAAGGCAGAAGACGAUACCAGAGAUUGUGAUAAGCCGGAUAUGUACUUAAUAACGUACAUUGAACGCUUACGUUGAAGGAUUUUGUUUAGAGCAUUUAUUGGUCUGUUUUUGCAGUUGAGUUUGUAUGAUCAUUCCAAUUUGAGAUUCGAGCAAAUGCUGUUCAGUUUAGUAGUUUUUAACUAAAAUAAUGUUUUAUAGGAACUUAACUGCAAAUGCGAACACAAAACAUUAAUAAAUAGUAAAUAGUUAUUGUUUAAUUUUAUGCUAAAGACAUUGCUUUGCUCAUUACCUGUUUAGUACAAAAAAAUGCAGUAAAGAAAUAAUGUAACACGUUCGACUAUUAUUAUGUUUGUUUAAUUUAUGAUUUAAGUUAGGUUUUAGACUAGAUUGCACCAAUUAUUCAAAUAUAAUAGUGAAGUCUAGUCUAAAUUCUAAAUUAGACUUCAAACGAUCAAAGACGAACAAAAUAUUAUAAGUUUCUAAUAUAAUGAUGUAGGUACAACGAAUAUAAGUGAUAUAAUAAUGUAAAUACCUAUUUAGAGUUUCGGUGUUACUUGACUACUUUGGUACAUGUGAAGAAUUUUAAAUAUAACUUAACAUUUUAGUAUUAACUGUAGUGCGAAUGAAAAAUAUUUUGUCUGGGUUCAGCUACAAGUGGCAGUAUAACUCCGGCAAUAUAGGGUUGUCGAGUGACAGAUGCUAUUGUUAAAAUGUAAAUAAUAAUAUUAGGUUAAGACCAUUCCAAACGUUUAGUUUAAAUUAUUUUUUUCAUAUAUUAAUUAUUUACUUGCCAUAACUUGCGUAGUUUGUUGCGUUUUGUUCUUCCAAGUGCUGUCUUCCAUUCCAGUCACGAAGACAAUUGUUCAUUGUUUUGUUUAUGUUUAAACAAUUGUAUAAUAAUUAUUGUUAUACUAAACGAGUUAUACGGUUAAGACAUAUUUUAAGGCUACUAUUACUUUUUAUGAACAAACAUUGUUUUUAUAGAUCAAAAAUUUGUGCUUUUUGUAUACGGAUUUUAGUUGACUUUACGUUUUGGCUGUUUUUUUCUUAUUUUCCUUUAUUAUGUUUAGAUUUUUAAAUCAUCAGAACCAAUUAUCCAGAAACAAUCGUCCUAUAACUCCUGUAUCUAUGUAAAUAGAAAGCAUGUUGUUAGUAAUAUGAUGUCCGCGGUAUGUAAGUCUUCCCUAUUGGUGUUAUGUAUAGGUCUACAUUAAGUUAAAUUAUUGACAGAAUGUGAAUAAAUGUUUCGAUAUCUAA